UGCCGGUGCCCCCCGAGCGGCGGCGGUGGCCGCAUGGCGGCGGCGUGGGGGCGGCGCGGGGGCUCCGCGCUCCUGCGGGGGGCGCUCGGGGCGGCCCCGGGACGCGCCUGCAGCACCGGGGCGCCCGUCAGGGCUCCCACCGGCACGGCUCAGGAACUGGAAAGCUCAGGAAGAGGACGUUUUCUACUGGAACAUGCUGCUCCCUUCUCUGCUUUUUUGACAGACAGCUUUGGGCGUCAGCACAACUAUUUGCGAAUUUCUUUGACAGAGAAAUGCAACCUCAGGUGUCAGUAUUGUAUGCCAGAGGAAGGUGUCCAGCUAACUCCAAAAUCAGAGCUACUUACUGCUCAGGAGAUAAUCACCCUAGCCAGACUGUUUGUGAAAGAAGGUGUAGAGAAGAUCCGACUGACAGGAGGAGAGCCACUUAUCCGACCCGAUGUGGUUGAUAUUGUAGGUCAACUGAACAAGCUGGAAGGGCUGAAAACCAUUGCCAUCACAACCAACGGGAUCAACUUAGCCAGACUGCUGCCCCGACUGAAGGAGGCAGGCGUGAAUGCCGUUAACAUUAGCCUGGAUACUUUGGUCCCAGCUAAAUAUGAGUUCAUUGUCCGGAGGAAAGGCUUUCACAAGGUAAUGGAAGGAAUCCACAAAGCUACUGAACUUGGCUACCGUCCUGUUAAGGUAAAUUGUGUGGUGAUGCGAGGCUUCAAUGAGGAUGAACUGCUGGGCUUUGUGGAGUUCACAAAGGAUCUUCCCCUGGAUGUGCGGUUCAUAGAAUACAUGCCCUUUGAUGGCAAUAAGUGGAACUUCAAGAAGAUGGUGAGCUACAAAGAAAUGCUUGAUACAAUUAAACAGCGAUGGCCUGAGUUGGAGAAAUUGCCCUGUGAAGCUUCCAGCACAGCCAAGAGUUAUAAGGUGCCACGUUUCCAGGGACAAAUCAGCUUUAUCACUUCCAUGUCAGAGCACUUCUGUGGAUCCUGCAAUCGGCUGAGGAUAACAGCAGAUGGGAACCUAAAGGUGUGCCUUUUUGGGAGUUCAGAAGUGUCCUUGAGAGAUCACCUACGGUCGGGUGCCUCGCAGGAAGAGUUGGUUGAAAUCAUUGGAGCAGCAGUGGGCAGGAAGAAGAAACAGCAUGCUGGCAUGUUUAACAUUUCCCAGAUGAAAAACCGUCCAAUGAUCCUGAUUGAGCUUGCAUUGCUGUCACUCCCACUACUCCAAGAUGCCCUGCAGCAUCCCCCAAAUUCAAAACAGUGGGGCCACACAGCUAGCCAUUGGCCAACUUUGAGAGCAAGUUUAUCCAAACAAAUGGGAAAAGCAUUAAUGAAAAAUAAACUUUCAGGACAGCUUAUCCUGCCCGUAUCUCACCCAGAGCAACAGUGCUACAGAAGGACAGGAAUUCUGCAAACCCAGCUGAGAGGCUUCUGUGUCUUCCAGAAGGACCCGAGCUCCACAUUUGACACGAAGUGCCUUGAGGCUUCUCCUGUUGGCCAAGUUUCUGUGGACUGUCAGCUCCAAGAGGCAAGUCCAGGAUCUGAAUUCUGUACCAGGGAUUCAGCAUCUUGCUCCAAGGUCCCUCAUGCCUCGGAUAGCUUGACUCACACUGAUGAGGAAGGACGGGCCACCAUGGUAGAUGUUGGAGGGAAGCCAGAUUCUAGAAGAAGGGCUGUUGCUGGUGCUGUUGUCCGCCUGGGUGAGAAGGCAUUUGGGAUGGUGAGGCAGAACCAGAUGAAGAAAGGGGAUGUGCUGGCAGUAGCCCAGAUUGCGGGAAUUCAGGGAGCCAAACUGACCAGUCAGUUGAUCCCGUUGUGUCACAACAUCCCUCUCAGCCAUGUGGAGGUGUCUCUGAGCCUGGAUGAGGCCCGGUGCGCAGUGGUGAUCCACUGCUCCUGCCAGACCUGGGGGAAGACGGGCGUGGAGAUGGAAGCCCUGACAGCUGCCAGCCUGGCUGCCCUGACUGUGUACGACAUGUGCAAAGCAGUUACUCACGACAUCGUGAUUGAGGAGGUGAAGUUGCUCAGUAAGACAGGUGGGCAGAGGGGAGACUUCUCAAGGGCAUAGAGCAUAUCCAGACACCUCCAGCCCUCCAGGUAACCACUGCUCACACACAGCCACUCACAGAACCAAUGCCACUCAGCUGUGGUAGGCUUGGAGACCUCAGCAGGUAUACCACACAACUCUGUCACCUUACUGCUGAGUGAACAGAGGAACCACUUACCCCAGCUGUUAAGGAUGUGUGUUUUUUAGAGGACAGACUUCUCCACUCAGCCAGUAGUUCCAUUUCAGUGUCCUUACCGUGAGCUUGAACAAAGCUUCCUAGUUAUACCACAGAGGGUUUCUUUUUCUUCAUGCUGUGAAAUAUUCACAGCUGCUGUCAUCACGCCAUGCAACUGUGAGCUCUGGAAACGAAGGAAGUGCUGAAAGUCCUGUUAUUUGACAACUAUUUUUCAGUCAAGGAUUAGGAUUUCAGAGUUGUUUCUGUCUGUCUGUGCCUCCAUCCCCCCUAAUUGAAUUUAGAUAGUGCUAGUAAGAAGAAAAUAGCUCUGGGACCCUACCACGCAGCAGAAACUAUAGCUGUGGAACAGCCAGGGUCAGAGAGGCAGCUCCCAUCCCUUUGCAUUGCUAUUGCUUCCCUUGCCCACAGUUGGGAAAUACCCACCUGUCAGUUUCAGAAGAAAAAAAAGAGGGCAGCUGCCCAGCUCUCUGCCUUGAAUGCUGUGAAAUGAUGUAAAACAGAGGGUUGCUGGUGUUAGAAGAAUUAUUUUGCUGAGCUGAAAGCUAAUUUUUGCAGUGUUGGAAGCAUAUUGCAGCAUUUUGACCUUAGUGCUCAAAUACAUGGAGGUGCUGUGUCUGCGUGCUUGAUGGCUUAAUUACACCAAGCAUGGAAGUAGGUGUCAGCUCACCCUAACUUUAGACAAAGCUGUUGCACCAAGCCCCAGAAGGUUUCACUUUUUCCUUCUUCCAACACAGCUCCUAGCAGCCAGCAAGCUGCAUGGUCCUGACAGCUGAAACCAAGACUGAGACCAGUAGCCACUUGCUUGGAAGAGCAGGAGAGAUGCUGUUGCCCCACCUGGAGAGUUUUCCUGCAUGAUUUUUUUUAACUUGCUUUCAUGAAAUCUUCUGGCCUUUGAGCAUUUAAGCAGCCCCAUGUUACAUAGCUGGGAGGGGAGAUACCAUGUAGCUCUAGCUUUGAUAAUUGACUAUCCUAGAUAUUAAUCAGCAUUGUUUUGUUAAUACUGAUGGAUCCUUUUAAAACAUUAACUUAAAUGCACUGAAGAGGAGGAUGUUUUUAACCUUGUUUUACUUGUUUCUUAGUGCUUAUGGCUAACGUGAUCUCCCAGAUGAUUCAGGGUGUUCCCUUUCAAUACGCACACAAAGACAACUCUAAGUUAAAGAGGUUACUGUAAAAGUGUCUUCAACAUGGCAAGUAGUUGCUUCUCAUGUAAUAAGGUUAAAAUGUGAGCAUCAGGAAAGCACAUAACCAGUCACGCACACCCUGCUCACUUAAAGUAAGCACAGGUUUAGGCUGAGGAGGCAAUAGGUUACCUUACAAAUGUAUUUACUUGUGCACUACAAAUCUCAUACAGUAGUUAACACAGAAGGAGCUCUGCCCAUUGCAGAUUGAUUCUUUUCCAUUGUUACUGAAGUAAGGUGCACACAGUAGCUACAGCUGCUGCUGAGCAAGCUCAGAAAAGGAGACAGUCUGGGAAGCCUGAUAAGAGAGGUGCCCAACUCCAUAACCAUUUGUAUGCCUACAAUUCAGUAUUGUAGUCCUGAUUCCAUCAGUGUCACUGAUCUGUCUGUAAAUCAACAAUAAGUCAACUUAGCAUUGUACGGGAGAUAGUAGUGAGUUAUCUCACUGUGUGGCACCAAGCCAGGCAAGAAGCUGCAGGUCCUUGCUCCCAAAGAGGCUAAACCAUGCUUGCUUUUGAGGAGAUUGCCAGGUAUCUCUGCUAGCUGAAGCUCAACUGAAGAACAAUACAAAAGCCAGUUGCCUUCUAGGUUACGAAGGAGCAAGAAACCCAGACUGGCUUGAGCUGAUGAAGGAGACUAUAAAGUAGUAAUUGGAAGAAAGAACACUUCAACUUCCCUAUGACUGCAUCGAGGAACACACAGCUCUCAGGUUGUAUGAAGGGGCUGAGUGGAGAACUUCAGGCUGCCUACAGCCAAGGCACCGUGCCACCUUCUGCGAGGUGUCAUCUUCUGCAGCACGCACCUACCUUCCUGCCUGCCUCACUGGGGCACUGCGGAGGCUUCCCCUGCAGGGCACACAGCCCAGCUGCACCAAGCAUUUCAGCUCACCCUGCAGCCAGGAGAGACAGCGCUCAUCAGCAGAGCUGCUGUGCACAACAGCUUCCCUUGUUCAGCACAGAAGCAAAGCCCCUGGAAAAGGAAGCAAGUCUGGAACCUGCUGAGGUGCUGCCUCACGCAGGCACUGCACUAACCCCCACGACGCACAACACACCCUGCCCUCCCUGCCUUCACCCAGCCUCCAGCUAGUCUGGAGAACUAAAAGGAAACUAGGCAACUCAGUGGUGAUAAGAUGAGGCUUCGGGGCAUGAUUCUUCAGCUUCUGAGAAGUUUGCUGCUGUCAUGCUGUAAAGCUCACACAAAAGGACUUAAGGCCCUACAAAGCGCACGCAUGACUGCCACGCACAUCCCACUACUUACGCACACUUCACUACAUACUUUCUUGGGUUGUGAGUGACUGGAAGCUUCGGACAAACAAACUGUGGUGCCAUUUUAUGCUCAUGUUAUACUAUAAAGUCUUGAAACUAUGCACAUUUAUAGAUAAUGAAGCCAGCAUAAGUCAACACAAUAUUUUGUAAGAGAAAUGAGGUGGUAGCACUGUAUGUCUUGGUGGUGCUGGGUGGGCAAUGGUAUAAGAUGUUGAAUACUUUUUGGAGGCUUGCUUUUUUUUGUCCACUGUUUUUAAUAAAUACUAGUUGUAAUUGUUCCAUGUGA